AGGCAGGUUUCUCUCAGAGCGCAAAUGUCCAGUGCAAGCAGCAGUUUUCUCUGAAAUGGAUCGAUAAUGGAUGUAUGAUGCGUGCAUGAUGACUGUAGGAUAGCUGUGUGACAGCUGUGGGAUAAAUAUGACGUAGAUUUGAUGUAAAUGUUGUUCUGCAUCUGGGGAUGUUGGUUCCCACCAUAAGGGAAAUCCUGAGCGUGGGCUGAAUGCACCAGAAUGGGCGUGAAUCAGACACGUGAGUUGCCGGUGUUUGAUCAAGAUGAAGACGUGAACUUUGACCACUUCCAGAUCCUUAGGGCAAUCGGGAAAGGGAGUUUUGGUAAGGUGUGUAUUGUGCAGAAGCGUGACACCAGGAAGCUGUAUGCCAUGAAGUACAUGAAUAAACACGCGUGUGUGGAGCGUGACGAGGUGAGGCACGUAUGCAGGGAGCUGCAGAUCCUGCAGGAGAUACAGCACCCGUUUUUAGUCAACCUGUGGUACUCGUUCCAGGAUGAAGAGGACAUGUUUAUGGUAGUGGAUCUGUUACUGGGCGGAGAUCUGCGCUAUCACCUGCAGCAAAAUGUCCAGUUUAAAGAGGAGACUGUAAAACUCUACAUCUGUGAGCUAGCACUGGCACUAGACUAUCUACAGUCCUGCCACAUCAUCCACCGUGACAUAAAGCCAGAUAACAUUCUGUUGGAUGAACACGGUCAUGUCCACAUUACAGACUUUAACAUUGCCACAUUACUAAAGGACACGGCAAGUGCUUCAUCUAUGGCAGGAACCAAACCUUACAUGGCACCUGAGAUGUUCCAGUCCUUUGUGGAUAGUGGUCCCGGUUACUCUUACGCUGUGGACUGGUGGGCUUUGGGCAUCACUGCCUACGAGCUCUUACGAGGAUGGAGGCCGUAUGAUAUCCACUCCAGCACAGCCGUUGAGGACAUCAUCAACAUGUUCCGCUGUGAACGUGUACAGUACUCAACCUCCUGGUCUAACGCCAUGGUGGCUUUACUGCGACUGCUGCUCAAUAAAGACCCAGAGAUUCGGCUGUCACUCAUGUCGGACCUUCAGCGCCUUCCGUACAUGGCUGAUAUGAACUGGGAUGCUGUGCUGGAGAAAGCAGUUUCACCAGGAUUUACACCCAACAGGGGACGUCUGAACUGUGACCCGGUGUUUGAGUUAGAAGAAAUGAUUCUGGAGUCCAAGCCGCUGCACAAAAAGAAAAAACGACUAGCCAAGAGCAAACAUACCAACAAAUCUUCCAACACACUGCCACCCCACAUGCAGCAGCGUCUAGAAACCGUCAGAAAGGAGUUCAUCGUCUUUAACAGAGACAAGCUACAGAAACAGAGUGACAGUGCAAAGAAAGGAUCUUCACUAAAAAGACAGGACAAACUGCAGGAAGGACACAGCAACAAUGACAACACCCACCCUGUCAAAACGAAAUCACACACAGGUUCGGGGAAAACAUUCAGUCCAGAUUCACACUGAACCUCCAUCCUUCAUACACACCCACGGAGCAGUACACACAGCACAAAACCAGACCCGUUGCCUUACUACAAUGACUGAGUUUGUGUGUAUAUGUAUAUUUAUGUAUGUGUUUUUUAUUUUGAAAAAAAAAAAGACUGAACCAUUGCUAUUCGGUAACUUUACACCGAAUAACAUUAGCAAAUAUUAGCAUUUAUUAGCGUGUACUAAGUCCUGCAGCGUUUUGUCUGAACAUGCUGUUCAUGUUUCUGUUUCUGUGUAAAUGACGUGUUUAUAAUAAAUCAUAAUAUGUAUGUAUAAA